GAGGCCGUUGGUUUCAUCGUCUCCGCUUUUAUACAAUGCCUUCUUCUUCUUACCAACCCACAAACCCUUGAGAGUAAGAAUCGAUUAAGAUGCUAUCCUUGCGCGUCCCUGCUCCUACAUCCCUCUAUUUCCGGCGGUUUAACGCCGGAGCUUUAGAGCGGCGGUUAGGUAGAGAUUGCUUUCUCUCUUUCUCGCCGGGUUUAGUGGAGAAUCGUAGAGGAAUCGGAUUCGGAGUCGGAGUCAGAUCCGAAAAAUCGGAGACGACGCCGUUUACGGCAGCGGAGGAAGAAACUUUGCCGGAGGGGCUCCAGCCGGAGCUGAUGCCGAAACACGUGGCGGUUAUAAUGGACGGAAACGGAAGAUGGGCGAAGAACAGAGGUCUUCAACCUUGGGAUGGUCACAGAGCCGGCGUUGAAGCUUUAAGAGAGAUCGUUGAGCUUUGUGGUAGAUGGGGAAUUCAAGUUCUCACAGUUUUCGCCUUCUCUACUGAUAAUUGGAUUAGACCAAAAAUCGAGAUUGAUUUCUUGUUGAAUUUAUUCGAGAGAACGCUCAAAUCAGAGCUUGAGACCUUAGCCAAGAACAAUGUUCGGAUAUCGAUCAUUGGAGACUCAUCGAAACUUCCAGAAUCUCUUCUGAAAGUCAUAAACGAAGUGGAGGAAGUCACAAAGAACAACACAAGGCUUCAGCUAAUCGUAGCCGUUGGUUACAGUGGGAAAUACGAUGUUCUACAAGCGUGUAGAGGCAUCGCGCAGAGAGUGAAAGAUGGUGAGAUCGGAGUUGAGGAGAUAGACGAGAGACUGAUCGAGCAAGAACUCGAGACCAACUGCACCGAGUUUCCUUACCCGGAUCUAUUGAUAAGGACUAGCGGUGAGCUGAGAGUGAGUAACUUCUUGUUGUGGCAAUUAGCUUACACGGAGCUCUUCUUUGCUCAAGAGCUUUGGCCUGAUUUCGGUAGGAGCGGUUUCAUCGAAGCCUUGAUGUCGUUUCAGCAGAGGCAGCGACGCUUUGGUGGUCGAAAGUCUUGAGCUUUCUUUUGUUUACAACAUAUACAAAUUGGUAUAAAUAAGAAACUGUAUAUGAUCAUUUGUAGCUAUAUAUGGAUGUUUUAGACCUCAAGAAUUAGGUUCUUGAGAUA